AUGCUGGAAGGGAAAAACUUGAUAAAUUGGUCAUCUACCUCCACGGUAUUGGGUAACCUGUUGGAUUACAAUCCAACUCGUCGGCUCGAUCUGCGGGACGAGCACAUUUGCGAAAAACUCGAAACUGAGGUCGUGAAUGGCGUCCCAAGAGUUACCUCCGCUAUUGUCAAGAAUCUUACUAAGCCUCGAACACCGGAGGACCCUGAGGAUAAAAUCAGGAUCAAAGCCAAGUACGUGGUUGUUUGCGCCGGGCCAAUUCUCACGCCGCAGCUCCUUUACAAAUCGGGAUUUAUCCCGGAAGACAAGGAUGAGCACCGGCCGGAUUUGUCGAAUGAACACAUGUAUCUUCCAGCAUUGGGACGGAAUCUGACCGAGCAGACAAUGUGCUUUUGUCAAAUAGUCCUGAAAGACGACUGGGUCAAGGAGCUUCAGGGAUCCAAAUGGGAUGAACAGUGCGCUGAACACAGAAAGAAGUUUGACAAAGACGCCGACCCUCUGCAAAUUCCAUUCGACGACCUAGAUCCUCAAAUCACGCUGCCUGUCGGCCCUGAGCACGAAUGGCAUACGCAGAUUCAUCGGGACGCGUUUUCCUAUGGUGCAGUUCCGCCUGCAAUUGAUACACGCACCAUCGUUGAUCUCCGAUUUUUUGGCCAGGCCAAGCCGAACUGGGACAAUCGAGUCAAGUUCUCGCAGAAGCUCACAGGCGCAUAUGGCAUGCCCCAGCCCACAUUCGUUUACAAGCCCGAUGAACAAGACCGCAUGGACAGCCAUAGGAUGAUGAAGGACAUGGAAGAGGUAGCAGGUGUAUUGGGAGGAUAUCUUCCGGGCUCAGAACCACAAUUCCUUUCUCCCGGCUUAGCUCUUCAUGUUUGCGGUACGACCAAGUCUCAAAAGAGAGAUCCGAAGAAGGAAGACUCCCAACAAAAAGAAUUUUCGUGUUGUGAUGAGCAUUCUAAGAUAUGGGGAAUCGAAAACCUUUACGUUGGCGGUCUCAACGUUAUCUCGGGCCCCAAUGCAUCGAAUCCAACUUUGACAGCGAUGUGUCAUGCAAUCAAGGGAGCAGAAGCCAUACGCCACAAGCUUAAGCGAAAGCAGAAGGCCUAG